ACAAUGGCUUUCACUUCAAAAACUUACAUUAUUCCUACUAUUACCAUAACUCUUCUCUUCCUGUAUUACACCAUGGCAAUGUACUGUGAUGUCAUAAGUUCUCUACUGUAUAGCUGUGAAAAUUUCAUAGUUUAUGGUCCACCGGAAAUGGCAGUGAGUUCAGAGUGUUGUGGUGGAUUGCUUCAUCUUGCAAACAUUAGUGGCGAGUCCAUUUCUUUGAUUGAUGAUUAUGGGCCUAAUGCUACCACCAUUGCUAGUCUUCCUGGACUUUGCCAUAUGUUUAUCUUGGUUUUCCCUUCGACCCAAACAUCAACUGCAAUAACAUAUUUUGACCAAGAUGGAAUGAAGUAGUAAAUAUGGAGUUGUGAGGAGUAGGUCUUGGCCAUCUCCAACCCAAAAUUCUAUAUUUAGUGCUUCAG